ACAGUGUGGUGAAGCUUAUCCAUCGCAAACGAGCCUCGUCCUUCAGGAAACUGCGCCAGAUUAUUUAAUGUCGAUUCAAGAUGUCAUGGAAGUUGACUGAAAGUAAAGUUCAACUCUGAUACCCAUGGGGGACAAUGUGGACGUCAGAGCCCUGAGGGCUAAGUUUAAUGCACAGAAAGAAACUGCCAGCUCUGGAGGUGGCGCAUCCCCGAGACAUUCUGCGGUGGGUCAUACAUCAGAGUCAUCUGCCAAUGGAGUGAUCCGAAACAAGUCUUCACCUGUAAUUCCAAGGCCAGUCCUACCAGUGAACUCUGCCAAUGAACCCAAAAGGUUUGGUCAGGCUCCUCAUGGAGUCUUCCCCAAACCCCCACCGUCUCACCGUAUGGGUGCCAAAGAGGAGCCUAAAAUGCCCCUCACGGAGCCUGAGAUCCCAGGGAGAGUAAAACUGACAGGAGAGCUUCUCCAAAACAAAAUGAUGAAGCAUGUUGAUGACAGAAAGCUCCAAUCAUUUCCCAGACCUUCACUGCCCAGCCAGAGGAGCAUGUCUGAGGUGCCACCUCUGAGAAAGCCUCUUCCUGCUGUCGGGCAACGACCUUCAAAACCCAGGCGACCCCCAGCGGUCAACCUGGACCAUUUACGGAAAAAGGCGCCAUCAUUUCAACUUACAAGACGCCAAGAGACCAAGACAUCUGAGGGACCAGGAAGGCCACCAAAUAAACCUGCGCUCCUGCCACCAAACAAACCUCCCUUUUCAAACCCAAACAUUGAGCAUGAAGAGGAUACGUACGAUGAUGUUAAUUUGCCCCCACCUCCACCUCCUCCUCCAAAACCAUCCUCCAGAGAAUCAUGGACUGACAGUUUCUCAUCUCAGGCUGGUGAGGACAGUGACCAAAGUGAAAUUUACGAGCAUAUCGAAGAGCAGGAGGAGUUUACUCAGCCGGCAGUCUUUGAGAAGAAGAAACAGAAGGAACUCAAACGACAGCAAGAAAUGGAAACAAAAGAACAAAAAGAACGGCGUAAAAAAGAAAAUGAGUACAGAAAAAAAUUCAAACUGAAUGGAGAAGAGGAAGUCCUGCACAUCGCUCGCGUGAGAGAGGACUGGCAGGGAGGGAAGAGUGAUCUGCGUGUGCGGCAGGGAGAGAGCGUGGAGAUCGUCCGAGUGAAGAACAAUCCUGAAGGGAAAUGGCUGGCUCGAAACAUGAACGGAGAAUAUGGUUAUAUCAGUAACAGAUGUGUUGAUGUGGAUUAUGAAGAAGUGAAGCGGAAGCUUCGCCUCGGGGUCACGCCUCCUUCCCUUCCUCCUCCAGUCCAAGAAGAUGAUGAUGUUUAUGAUGAUGUUGGCGCAGACCCCUUGAACAGCAGUUUUACUAUGGGCGGCGGUAAGUGGUUUGACAAUUAUUGUAUAUUCAGGCAAUGUAUCUUCACUCAGUGCAGUCAGAUGUUGUUUCAUUUCCUCUCUUUUGCCCCCCCCCUCUCUCUCUCAGAGGUAUAUGAUGAUAUAGAUGCAGUCAUACCGGAUGAAUUCCCCCUCCCCCCGCCUGAGAUAUGCCAUGAUCCUAAGAAGAACAAGAAGCUGGAGAAGGAGGAGAAAGAGUUUAGGAAAAAGUUUAAGUUUGAAGGGCCUAUCAAGGUUCUUGGCUGCAUGAUGGUGGACCCCAAUGCUAACAUAAAGAAGAGUGGAGGAAAAGACCUGUCUGUUGUGCGAGGAGAGAUUCUGGAGGUCAUUGAGCAGACUAAUGAGAAGAAAGUACUCUGCCGCAACAGUCAGGGCAAAUAUGGAUAUGUGCCCAAAAGUUACCUUCUACAGGCGGAAGGCGAAAUAUAUGAUGACAUUGACAACAGUUCAGAUAUUUAUGAUAAUGAUGCCAGCCUGUCUGGACCUUUGAGGGCCUGAUGGACAGGAACAGAACAAUUUUGGAGAAAGUGGACAUAAAACAGAAAAAAAUUAGCAACUGAGCUAGGCUGAGACUAUGAGAAUUAUCAUUUCCUACUAAGAAACUAUUCACUCCUGAGGACAGAAAUACGAAGAUUAUGAAUUAAAGUUUUGUACAUUAAAGAAAUAAAUGCACCUUUUUUUUAAUAAACAGGACAUCCUCAUUUUCUUAUUAUUACUAGGCUAGUAUUUGCUAUAAUGAGCUUUCAGGGUUAUGAGAGGAAAGUGAUUUUAUGUCCUGCAGCUGUGCUGCACCAUUUUCAGUGUAAAUGGCAAAAGUCACCACACAAGUCACCUCUGUCCAGGAGAUGACGGACAUUCGAUUUAUUUUUUGUUCUAACUCAGAAUAAAAUUUAAAGGAAUAUCAUUCAGUGUAA